UGAGAGAAUCAUGUUUAGGUUCACGUUCACAACCGGCUUUUGCCUCGUCGCGUUUUUCGCCUUGGCCAACUGCAACAAUGACCUCAAAGUUGACGUAUUGUAUAAGCCGGAAAUGUGUGAAACGAAAUCCAAAAGCGGGGAUAUGUUGACCAUGCAUUACACGGGAACUUUGACCGAUGGUACUAAAUUUGAUUCCAGCUUCGACAGGGAACAACCUUUCUCCUUCCAACUCGGCGUAGGACAAGUGAUCAAGGGUUGGGAUCAAGGUUUGCUCGACAUGUGCGUCGGAGAGAAGCGUAAACUGACCAUCCCACCACACCUCGGAUACGGAGAUAAAGGAGCAGGAAACGUGAUUCCCGGCAAAGCGACUUUGAUCUUCGAAGUAGAAUUAAUCAACAUCGGAGACGCCAAACAAACCAACACCAACGUUUUUAGAGAAAUCGACAAUAACAAAGACAAUCAACUUAGUCGCGAAGAAGUCAGUGAAUACUUAAAGAAACAAAUGGUAGCUGCUGAAGGAGAAGUACCAAGCGAAGAAGUAAAGAACAUGUUAGCAGAGCACGAUAAACUAGUAGAAGAAAUUUUCAUCCAUGAAGAUCAAGACAAAAAUGGAUUCAUUUCGCAUGAUGAAUUUUCUGGACCCAAACACGAUGAAUUAUAAAAAAGAUACAAACAAUUACCUAGUCAAUUGUUUAAAAUCAUUCCAAACAAUCCAUUUUUACCAUAAUCCAUAUUUUUAUACAUAAUUUUUAGAGUCAAUGUGAAAACUGUGUAUCUCACACUAUUUUAAUUUAAGUUGCUAAUGUUGUUAAAUUAUUUAUUUAAUUUUUUAAUCUG